UUCAGUAUCUUUAAUCUUCACCAAAGAGUAGCUAAAGUUAUUUUAUGUAACGUUUUCAAUAGGAAGCCAAUGACAAAAUCUUCUCUAAUACCAUUAUUUUCUAGAUCUUUCCUAGGGCAGAACUAAGACAUAGCAAGAUUUAAAACAUAGAUACUUUGGAACAUUCAGAAGAGCAACAUGGGAGAAACUGAGAAAAGGACUGAAACCCAUAGAAUAAGAUGUCUUUCCAAGUUGAAGAUGUUUCUAUUGGCAAUAACAUGUGCAUAUGUAUCCAAAACACUAUCUGGAUCUUACAUGAAUUCCAUGCUUACGCAAGUAGAGAGACAGUUCAACAUCCCAACAUCCCUGGUUGGAUUUAUUAAUGGAAGCUUUGAGAUUGGAAAUCUUUUACUGAUUAUAUUUGUGAGUUAUUUUGGGACCAAACUGCAUAGACCUAUAAUGAUUGGUGUCGGAUGUGUGGUUAUGGGCUUAGGGUGUUUCUUACAAGCACUACCUCAUUUCCUCAUGAACCGAUAUGAAUACGAAUCUACAGUUUCAGUUUCAGGCAACUUGUCCUCAACCAGUUUCUUGUGUAUGGAAAAUGGAACUCAGGUUUUAAGACCAACACAAGAUCCAUCAGAGUGUAUGAAGGAAGUCAAAUCAUUAAUGUGGGUGUAUGUACUAGUAGGAAAUAUUAUACGUGGAAUGGGUGAAACUCCCAUCAUGCCUUUGGGUAUUUCCUAUAUAGAAGAUUUUGCCAAAUCUGAAAACUCUCCCCUAUAUAUUGGGUUUAUAGAAACAGGAGCUAUCAUUGGUCCUUUGAUUGGACUUUUGUUAGCAUCAUUCUGUGCAAAUGUUUACGUAGACACUGGAUCUGUGAACACAGAGGAUCUGACCAUAACUCCCACAGACACUCGCUGGGUUGGCGCCUGGUGGUUUGGCUUUUUGAUUUGUGCAGGAGUGAAUGUGCUCACGGCCAUUCCCUUUUUCUUUUUGCCCAAAACUCUUCCAAAGGAAGGUCUAGAGCAUGAUGCAGACAUGAUUAAAAAUAACAAGGAAGAGAAACAAAGAGAAGAGGUCAAGAAGCAAAAGGAUGGAAUCACUAAAGAUUUUUUACCAUUCAUGAAAAGUCUUUCAUGCAACCCAAUUUACAUGCUUUUCAUACUUAUAAGUGUGAUACAGUUCAAUGCAUUCAUUAAUAUGAUCUCUUUCAUGCCUAAAUAUCUGGAACAGCAAUAUGGAAAAUCAUCUUCGGAUGCAAUCUUUCUAAUCGGUAUUUAUAACUUACCUCCAAUAUGCAUUGGAUAUAUUGUUGGUGGUUUAAUUAUGAAGAAGUUCAAGAUCACUGUCAAACAAGCUGCCCACAUAGGAUGUUGGUUAUCCUUACUUGAGUAUCUUCUCUAUUUUUUAAGUUUUUUCAUGACCUGUGAUAAUUCAUCAGUUGCUGGCAUAACUACCUCUUAUGAAGGAAUUCCAAAAGAUUUAUAUGUGGGGAGUGACAUCCUUGCUGCCUGCAAUAUGGAUUGCAAAUGUCCGUCUAAAACAUGGGACCCUGUGUGUGGAGACAAUGGCUUGUCCUAUAUGUCAGCUUGUCUUGCUGGUUGUGAAACAUCUGUUGGAACAGGAAUAAACAUGGUGUUCCAAAACUGUAGCUGCAUUCAUACAUCAGGAAAUUCAUCUGCGGUUCUUGGUCUGUGUGACAAAGGACAUGACUGUUCCAUGAUGCUCCAGUACUUUCUGAUUUUGUCAGCAAUUAGCAGUUUCAUUUAUUCUUUAGCUGCCAUACCUGGAUAUAUGGUUCUCCUGAGGUGUAUCAAGUCUGAAGAGAAAUCUCUUGGUGUGGGAGUACAUGCAUUUUGCACACGAGUAUUUGCUGGCAUCCCUGCACCUAUAUAUUUUGGAGCUUUAGUGGACUCCACAUGUUUACAUUGGGGAACUUCGAAAUGUGCUAAGCCAGGAGCAUGCAGGAUAUACGAUUCCACCAACUUCAGAUACAUCUACCUUGGAUUGCCAGCAGCACUGAGAGGCUCAAGCUUUAUUCCAGCCUUUUUAAUCCUAAUUCUUUUGAGGAAGUGUCAACUACCUGGUGAAAAUGCCUCUUUGGGAACUGAACUUGCAGAAACAAAGGUCACAGCAAAGGAAAAUGAGUGCAAAGAUAUGCACCAAAACUCCAAGUUUUCAAAUGAUAAUGAAUUUAAAACUAAAUUAUAAUGUCCUAUUCUUAACUUUCUCAGAACUGGAGAAUUUAUAUCCAAAUUGAUUGUUUUGAAAAUCAAUUUUUUUCCACUCCAGGUAAAAAUAUUCACUACUGGUAUCUCCAAGGUUUCAAAGCAUUCGAGAUUCUCCUAAGAGGGACAUUUCUAACAAACCACUAAACCAGAUUUUAGAUCCAGCUUUGUAUUUGUGUUAAAAUAGCAAUUUUUCUUUGAGCUCACAAAAAGGGCCCACUCUCCUUUUCUAAAUUAUCUGUCAUGAAAAUUGAUUUAAUUCCAUUGAGUUUGUGCUUUGUUACUAGGAUUAUGAAGAGACUGAAAUUCUUAUCCUGUUUAUGUGAACAUUUACUUUUUUUUGAAUUUAUCACUUCCCUGUGAAAAAUGCCUAUAUUUUAUUCUAUUUAGGAAUUUUCCUUUAGCUCACUCUUCCCAUUCCAGACACAAUUCUUUUUAUAAUAGAUUACUCAUUUAUAUGCUAUUCCUUGCUUUUGAUUCUUUCUCUCUUUUAUUACUCAUGUAAUAUAUUUGUUUAUUUUGUUCAGAGUACUGACAAACUUUCAUCAGCCUAUUAAAAAUCAUGCAGCAAACAUUGUUGGAUUUUUUU